AUGAUGUCGACCUCUCCGAAUCCAGACGCCUCUGUUUUUGCAGGCAUAAUGGAACUUCACUUCAAAAACCUCCAUCUGAUCCCGGAACAGCUUCUCCUCAACAAAGAAGAAAUGCUUCCCAUACUGCAAAAGUGCUUCUCACUCACUUUCCUGAAAGAGGGCCUUGCAGAACAAAUUGCCGUCCAUAAAAGCGAUUCAGCCCAUCGGAUUAACCCCAGUCCGCUGGACUCUGCUCUUCUCAAGGACUGCGUGGCGCAGGUUCUGGUGGCCAGCAACAAACGCUUCAUCAAAAUUGUGCAUUGCUACCUGCUUGAAGCUGGCAAGGAGAAACAAGCUGAAGAGUACCUGCAAAAGGUGAGCCCUGCAUCUCGGGUCCAACACUUGGACUCCAUCAAGAUGUGGAAUUACCUUACUCUGCCAUUCCAGGUGUUCAAGGUAAUGGAAGAUAUGGGGUUAGGCGCAAAUCCUUCCACUUUCUUCAUGCCUCCAGCACCACCUGAGGAUGAGGCUGGCAUUGUUCCUGAGACCGAGGACAGCACUUCAACAGCCGUGGAGCCUAACCCUGUUGGACUAGUUCUUCACGUUGGUGAGGUUACGGACCGGUCUAUUAUAGAUACUGCAGCUGAACAGACUUAG